GGUCAUUAUCGCAACCCGACCCGACCCUGUUUACAUGAUAUCAUUCAUGGCAUCAUCAUCAACGGUCCCUCAGCUGCCCAACGCGCACACUUCCCCAACCAGCUCCGAACUAUAUAUAUGCACACAAAAGCCAAAAUCAAGUAUUACUGCUUGCCACAGGACAUUUACAUCUCUCUUCACUUCGCACUGUGUGCCGGACACCGCAGAGAGAGAGAGAGAGAGAGAGAUGGUGGCGUCGGAGCCGGUGAGGGAUGGAAGGAGGAAGGAUCCGAUCCGGGAGCUGCUGGGUUUGGGGUUCUGGGUACAGGGCUUCAGGUGCUUUCCAUGGAUGGCGGUUAACUUCUUCCUCAAGGACGGCCUCCGCGUCGACCCCUCCACCCUCCAGCUCCUCCAGAACUCCGCCAAUCUUCCCAUGGUCGGCAAACCUUUCUACGGCGUCGUUUCCGACGCCGUCUACAUCUCCGGCCAGCACCGGAUUCCCUACAUCGCCAUAGGAGCCUUGUUACAGGCAGUGUCUUGGCUAGCUAUCUCAAUCCUUUCCCCAUCAAGCAUAUCAAUUUUCUCAAUGACCCUCUAUCUCCUCCUUGGUAAUCUUGGUGCUUCAAUAGUUGAGGUUGCAAAUGAUGCUAUUGUUGCAGAGACGGGAAAACGGCCUGGUUCAUCAGGUGAGCUCCAAUCAUAUGUUUGGAUGGCUUCCUCUGUUGGUGGAGUACUUGGAAACCUGCUGGGUGGUGUUGCUAUUGAUCAAUUCUCCCCCAAGACAAUGUUCCUUCUGUUUGGCCUUCUCCUAACCAUUCAGUUCUUGAUAACCAUUUUUGUCCGGGAAAGCUCCCUUAACCUUCCAAAGAGUCCAUCAGAUAUUGGGGUUAGAAAGCAGCUUUCAGAGCUCUUAGUUGCAUUGCGGAAACCUGAGAUUGCUCACUCAAUAGUGUGGUUUGCAGCCUCUUAUGCUGUAAUUCCAGUCCUGACAGGCACCAUGUUCUUCUACCAAACGCAGUAUCUGAAGAUUGACUCAUCGGUUCUGGGGAUCUCAAAGGUCUUUGGCCAGGCAGCGAUGCUUCUAUGGAGUGUCCUGUACAAUCGACACUUGAAGUUGGUCCCUCCGAGAAAGCUAAUAUCAGCCAUUCAGGUCAUGAUGGCUGUCUUCAUGGUUUCAGAUGUGUUGUUUGUGAAGGAGAUUUAUCGGAAGAUGGGGGUUCCAGACUCGGUUUAUGUUGUGAUUUUCUCAGGGCUUUUAGAGGUUCUCUUCUUUUUCAAGAUCCUGCCAUUUAGUGUUUUGGUACCACAGCUCUGCCCACCAGGGUGUGAGGGAUCUUUGAUGGCAUUUCUCAUGUCUGCCAUUGCACUUUCCUUUAUAGUGAGUGGGUACCUGGGUGUUGCACUAGCUUCAUAUGUUGGAGUCACAGGUAAUGAUUUUUCAGGACUGCCACGUGGCCUCCUAAUACAGGCAGUAUGCACACUUGUGCCUCUCUAUUGGUCGUCUUGUAUUCCAGAUGAUGUGAAACCUAAAACAAGGAGGAAGAAGGAUUAGACUUGGUGGCAGUAGAUAGAGCUAUGAAGCAGUAGAUCCCUAAUUUGUAUAUUUUCCCUUUCCUAUUAUUUAUUUAUUUAUUUAUAUUUUCACAUUUGUUGAUCGAUGCAGGAGCACUCUUGAAGGGUGCAGCAAGGUCACUAAAUAUCAAUGUGGAUGUAGGUCUGCUCUUUAUUCUUUUUAUUCAUGCUGUGAUACUCGGCAUGAAUGAAUACAUGUAGACUUGUAAACAUAUCGGUAUCAUUGUGUUAUGCAGGGAUUUUGCAUUCAUAUAGGUCAAA